AUGGUGAGGGGGUUUGAUUUUUGUUUUUUGUUUUCUGUUUCCUCUAAAGACAUGUAUCAGUAAAAAACCGCUAGGGACCAUGAGGAGCAGGGCCUCUAUCUGGAGUCAAGGCCAGAGCAGUAGAUGCUUUAUCCCGCCCACCCUCUUCCGCUGCCCCACAAGGUCCCAGCCAGCGCUGAUACAGGUUCUCUUCCUAAGAGUCCGGAGGGAUAUUUUCCCCUAAGUGCUUGAGAGAACAACGGAGAACUGCUGUUCCGGGCAUCUUCCUUUUCGCUCCUGGCCGCUGGAUCAGAAAGAUGCCUCUGUUCCUGCUGCUCACCGGUCUCUUCACCACGGUCACCUCGGUGUCACCCAUGGCCCUAGACCCUUGUUCCGCGUACAUCAGUCUGAAUGAACCCUGGAGGAACACCGAGCACCAGUUCGACGAGUCCCAGAACCAACCUCUUUGCGACAACCAUAUGGACGGGGAGUGGUAUCGCUUCACGGGUAUGGCGGGAGAUGCCAUGCCCACCUUCUGCAUACCAGAAAAUCACUGUGGGACCCACGCACCUGUCUGGCUCAAUGGCAGCCACCCCCUAGAAGGGGAUGGCAUUGUGCAACGCCAGGCCUGUGCCAGCUUCAAAGGGAACUGCUGUCUGUGGAACACCACGGUGGAGAUCAAGGCCUGCCCUGGAGGCUACUAUGUGUAUCGGCUGGCCAAGCCCAGCGUCUGCUUCCACGUCUACUGUGGCCAUUUCUAUGACAUCUGUGAUGAGGAUUGCCAUGGCAACUGCUUGGAAACCACCGAGUGUGCAUGCUCUCCAGGAACCUCGCUGGGCCCAGAUGGGCAGACUUGCUUCGAUGAAAAUGAAUGUGAGCACAACAAUGGUGGCUGCAGUGAGAUCUGUGUGAACCUCAAAAACUCGCACCGCUGCGCAUGCGGGGUCGGCCGCGUGCUCAGGAGUGACGGAAAGACUUGCGAAGACAUCGAAGGGUGUCACAACAACAACGGUGGCUGCAGCCAUUCCUGCCUCCGGUCUGAGAAGGGCUACCAGUGUGAAUGUCCCAGGGGCUUGGUGCUGUCUGAAGAUAACCACACUUGCCAAGUCCCCGUGCUGUGCAAGUCCAACGCCAUUGAAGUGAGUGUCCCGCGGGAGCUGGUUGGAGGCCUGGAGCUCUUCCUGACCAACGCCUCCUGCCGAGGAGUGUCCAACGGCACACACGUCAACAUCGUCUUCUCCCUCAAGACCUGCGGCACCAUGGUUGACGUGGUGAAUGACAAAAUCGUGGCCAGCAACCUCGUGACGGGUCUGCCCAAGCAGACCCCUGGGAGCAGCGGGGACAUCAUCAUUCGCACCAGCGAACUGCUGAUCCCGGUGACCUGCGAGUUCCCACGCCUGUACACCAUCUCAGAAGGAUACGUGCCCAACCUGCGCAACACCCCGCUGGAAAUCAGGAGCCGAAACCACGGCAUCUUCCCCUUCACGCUCGAGAUCUUCAAGGACCACGAGUUUGAGGAACCGUACCGGGAGACCCUGCCCACACUCAAGCUUCGAGACUCACUCUACUUCGGCAUCGAGCCCCUGGUGCACGUGAGCGGCCUGGAGAGCCUGGUAGAGAGCUGCUUUGCCACGCCCACCGCGAAGAUGGAUGAAAUCCUCAAGUACUACCUGAUCCGGGACGGCUGUGUUUCCGAUGACUCAGUAAAGCAGUACUCGUCCAGGGACCACCUAGCGAAGCACUUCCAAGUCCCUGUCUUCAAGUUUGUGGGCAAAGACCACAAGGAGGUAUUUCUACACUGCCGUGUCCUUGUGUGUGGGGUGCUGGAUGAGCGCUCCCGCUGUGCCCAGGGGUGCCACCGGCGAGUGCGUCGUGAGGUGGGUGAGGACGAGGACUCUGCUGGGCUGCAGAGCCAGACACUGACAGGCGGCCCCAUCACCAUCGACUGGGAGGACUAGCUCCUGCUCCCAGCCGUCCUCCCCUCUAGAACGACUUCCUGUGUCCUCAGAGAACCUCCUAAGACAGCUGGCUUCUUUAAAUCAUGUACUGUAAGUUUAGACAGCCCCACCCUAUGAAAGGACUGACUGGCUGGUUUUGUUCCUGGGUUGGUCCGAAUCACAGCACGGCUGGCCCAUGGGGCCCAGGGGGGGCCUCAGCUUCUGGAUUCAAAGAACCAAUCGCUUCUCAGCCUUUUGGCUAAGACCAAGUGUAGAUUCAAAGAACCAAGUUGUCCUUGUGGAAGGACACCUGUCUCAUUUCCCCCAUUCCUUUCUUACAGUGAAAUACCUCAUUUGUGGUGUAACAGGGCCACUACCAUGAAGAGCUGGGAAAGACAUUCUAAGUCAAAAACCUAAAAUAAUGAAUUACUAAGAGUAUAACCUAUGAUCCCUUUAAGUAUCUAAUAAUUGAGACCUAAAAUUCCAACCCCAGUAAAGGAGAUUUGAAAGUUUAUCAAUAAAAUAAUGUGUAAGACAAAAUACAAUAGGUGAUUUUUAGUGUUUUCAUAUUGCUUUGGGUUUUAGACUUUGGGGCCUUUCGGUCUUCGUCUUAAUCUCUCUCUCUCUCUCUCUCUCUCUCUCUCUCUCUCUCUCUCUCUCUCUGACAUGACAGGGUGAGAACAGCUUUAAACAAAUAGAUACAAAUAUAAAAGUGAGUGUGCUGUGCUCAGAAAGGCUAUACAAAACAUUUAUUUUUCACCUAAAAAUAAAUCCAUAAGAUCCUUAAGAGACGCUCUUGCAGGACCCGGGUUCGAUCCCCAGAACCCCCAUGGUGGCUCACAACUGUCUGUAAUUCUGGUUCCAGGGAUCCAAUGCCCACAUCUGAACUCCCCAGGCACAAGACAUACAUCUAAGUAAAAUAAAAACUGUUUUUUUUUCUGGU